AUGAAUAAUAUUAAGAGUUUUUUUGGGAAAAAGAAAAAAACUCAAGAUCAAGCAGAACCCUUGGUCAUUGGAGAUGACAGUGAAAAAAGAACUGUAAUUUUACCACCUCCAUCACCAAAUGCUGUUAAAAGAAAAAAUAAAAAUGAAAAACCAUAUUCAAUUGAUUUGAAUGGUGUUGGAGAAGUUGGUGGCAAAGUUUAUAAUAAUGUAGUUGGAGUAUUUGCCGAUGGAAAUGAUACAGGUGAAAUCUCUCCAACCAUUUAUUGUGUAUCAGAUUUUCAAGGAUUAUUAAAAAAUGAUAGAAAGUGGAUACAAUAUUCAGAAUUACCUGAAGGAUAUACAGUAUUUUAUUUUCAAACAAUACUUUGUGUUUUAAAUUUCUUAAGAAGAAGAGAAUUUGUUCAUUAUAUUUAUGUAGAUAAAUUUGAGCAAAUCCUUGAAAUGAAUGAAAAUAAUGAAAAUAUUAUCACAACUGUUAUUCCAACAAAUCCUAUUGAUGAAAAUGAUAAAAUCAAUUCAAAAUCUAUUAACGAUGGUGAUGAUAAUGGUGGUGGUAGUGGGGGUGGUGGUGAUAAUUCACCAUUAACUAAUGUAAUAUUACCAACUAUAACAACAACAGAUACAACCACAACAAGCAUUACAAUUUCACCACCACCAAAGAAUCAUUUAUCAUUAUUAGAAGAGGAUAUAAAGAAUAAUCAAAAUUUACAUCAUAAACAACAACAAUUACAACAAUUACAACAAUUAAAACAACAACAUUUACAACAACAACAAAAAUUAAAACAAGAACAACAACAAGAACAACAACAACAACAAGAAGAUGAACCAAAUAAAAGUCCAGUAUCAACAUCAUCAACAUUAUCACCACAAUUAGAAUCAACAAAUUUUGAAAUGACAAAUGAUGAUACAAGUUUAAAUGCACCAAAUGCAAUGUUAACACCAAAUAAUAUUUCAGGUAUAUCUUAUUCAAUAAUUUAUCCAGGUAAAAAGAAAAGAAUUGAUUUUUCUAGAAUAUUUGUAUCACCAGGUCAUUCAUUUAGAUUCCCAGAAGAGUAUGAUAAAGCAUUGGAAAAACAUUUAAAUGAAGGUAAUCCAAAAGAACAUUUUAAAAAUUUAGAUUUCGAAGCAAGAGGCGGUUUCGGUAGUGUCUUUUGUGCAAAGAAUAAGAAUCCUCAUUCUGCAUACGAUAAACAAAUGGUUGCCCUAAAGAAAAUGCCAAUCAAAACAUUAAGACACAAGAGAAUGAAUCUUAGUGAAAUUGGAUUCUUAAAAUAUUUCAAUCAUCCAAAUAUUGUGAAAUUCUUAUGUGCUUAUCAAAAAUCAAAUGAUGAACUAUGGAUGAUUAUGGAAUUUCUCAGUGGUGGCACAUUAAAGAAUGCAGCUUCAAACUUUAAAUUUUGUGAGAGAAAGAUAGCCUAUGUCUGUCGUGAAAUUUUACAAGGUUUAGAUUAUCUUCAUAAGCAAAAUAUAGCUCACAGAGAUUUAAAAAGUGCCAAUGUUAUGGUCAAUGAUAAAGGUGAGAUCAAAUUAAUUGAUUUUGGUCUUUGUAUAGAUUUCUCAAUUGAAAAAGAAGAGAUCAAUAUGUUGGGUUCACCAUCUUAUAUCUCACCUGAAAUGAUCAAUGGUAAUCCUCAUUCCCUUUCCACUGAUAUUUGGAGUUUUGGCAUUUGUGCACUUGAAAUGUUACUUGGUAAAUUACCAUACCACGAUUCUCGUCUAAAAGCAAUGGUUUUCGUUGCCACCAAUAAUUUAAAUUUACCACUUUUACUCUCAACUACAACUUCUUCUUUAGAAUUUAGAGAUUUCCUUACAAAUUGUUUACAAUUUGAUCCUUCAAAAAGAUUAACUUCUUCUCAAUUAUUACAACAUCCUUUCCUUACCAAAGCUUGUCCAAUAAAAGACUUUAAAGAAAUUUUACCAGCUUUAUAUAUGUCAAAUACUUUAUCAAAUAUGUUUUAA